AAAACUCGCUGGUGGAUAAUGCACAGUUUACUGGUGAGAAUGAGGUCAAACACGAAGACCAAAAUCUCGCGAGAUUUUGCACGUCUGCUUCUCAGGCAGUCCGUGAGCGGAGUCAGUCAAUGUGGGACGGAGUUUUGGCUGUUUGUUAGCGGAGUAGGAGGGAGAACGAGCCGUUGACUUGAUACAGGGCUUGCGUGAAAUCAGUUCGGAGAGCAAGAAAGCCAAGAAUGGCGUCGGGUGAGACACUGUACAUCGAAGCAGACGGCUCGGAGAUGCCGGCGGAGAUCGUCGAGCUGCACGAAAUCGAAGUUGAGACCAUCGAGACAACCGUGGUCGGCGGAGACGACGACGACGACGAGCACCAGCCGAUGAUCGCGCUGCAGCCGCUGGUCACAGACGAUCCGAACCACGUUAACCAUCAGGAGGUGAUUCUGGUCCAAACUCGCGAGGAGGUCGUGGGCUGCGACGAUUCGGACCUCCACGCAGACGACAGCUUCGAGGACCAGAUCCUCAUCCCCGUCCCUGUGGCAGAGGAGGAAUAUAUCGAGCAGACUUUAGUGACCGUGUCUGGCAAGAACCCGUCAGGAAGGAUGAAGAAAGGGGGAGGCAGCGGGAAAAGAGUGGUCAAAAAGAGCUUCCUAAACUCCGCCGAGGCGAGCGGACGCAAAUGGGAGCAGAAGCAAGUGCAGAUCAAAACACUGGAGGGGGAGUUUUCCGUCACUAUGUGGUCAUCGGAUAAGAAAGAUGUUGAUCAUGAGACUGAGGUUGAGGAGCACAUUAUUGGAGAAAACUCUCCUCCUGACUACUCCGAGUAUAUGACAGGCAAGAAACUGCCCCCUGGUGGCAUACCUGGUAUUGACCUGUCAGACCCCAAACAGCUGGCGGAGUUUGCCAGAAUGAAGCCCAGGAAAAUAAAGGAGGACGACUCUCCAAGGACGAUAGCAUGCCCUCACAAAGGUUGCACAAAAAUGUUUCGGGACAACUCCGCUAUGAGAAAGCACUUGCACACCCAUGGGCCACGGGUUCAUGUCUGCGCUGAAUGUGGGAAGGCGUUUGUGGAAAGUUCCAAGCUAAAACGGCAUCAGUUGGUUCAUACUGGCGAAAAACCUUUCCAGUGUACAUUUGAGGGAUGUGGAAAGCGCUUUUCAUUGGACUUUAACUUGCGCACACACGUGCGGAUUCACACUGGAGACAGACCUUACGUUUGCCCGUUCGAUGGCUGCAAUAAGAAAUUCGCUCAGUCCACCAACCUGAAGUCUCACAUUUUGACACACGCGAAAGCUAAAAACAAUCCGUGAGAUGGCUCGCUGAAGAAAGAUCCCUUAAAGACUCUGUCUGACCACAGCUUCCUGCUCCAAAACCCACUUUGUAUGUCGUUUCUAGAACCAUUCUUUUCUAAGAAUCUCAGUGCACAUUUUGAUGGGAAUUGAAAUGUGAAUGAGGACCUGACACCAAACUAUCCCGUCAACCUUCUCACGGUAUAGACCCGAGUUAAAUAACUUCCCGAGUUAUGAGAGUUUCUUCUUUUGAAGAUGUGAUUGUUUUUGUGGACCCUCAUUCGCAUACAAGAUGCUCAUUAACCUGAGCCCAAAGAAGCAAAUUGCCCAUCGGUGUGUCUGUUUCUACCAGUUUGCAAAGACUAAGACUGCUUUUUAGAUGUCUUCAAAGUGUGCAUAUUGUACACUUUUUAGAGAGUAGAGCUGUCAAUGUGUGUGUGUGUGUGUGUGUGUGUGCGCGCGUGUGUGUGUCCC